UUGUAUAACAAAAUGGCGGCGAAAGCUGAGCCGAUAGGACCUAGGAAUGGCCAUGAAUUGGCGCCAUUAAAUACAAGAGCCGAUGGUAGUGAGAGGCCCCAUGGGGUGACCAUAGUACUUCAAGGAUCAAGAAACUCUUUACAAAGGGACGCACCAGAUGAAGAUAGAGCGGCGUGGUCAGGAAAACUGCAGUUCUUCCUAUCAAUUAUAGGUUAUUCAGUCGGUCUUGGAAAUAUUUGGAGAUUUCCGUAUUUAUGUCAACAAAAUGGCGGCGGUGCUUUCCUCAUUCCGUUCCUCAUCAUGUUGGUGCUGGAAGGUAUACCGCUAUUCCUCAUUGAGAUGGCCAUCGGUCAGAAGAUGAGGUUGGGUUCUUUGGGCGUGUGGAACACUAUUCACCCUUGGCUCGGCGGUAUCGGUAUAGCUAGCUGUGUCGUCACUCUGUUCGUGGCAUUAUAUUACAAUGUCAUCAUUACAUGGGUCUUCUUCUAUCUGUUCAAUAGUAUUAGGCUUAGCGCCGACCAGCUGCCUUGGGCGCAUUGCCCUCAAGACAACGGCACUGCUGAGGCGGAAUGCAGCAAGGCUUCAGCGACUGUAUACUACUGGUACAGAGAGGCACUUGAUGCAGCACCUAGUAUUGAGGAGCCUGGAGUACCUAGAUGGUGGAUAGUCUUAUAUUUGCUGCUAGCAUGGGUUAUUGUGUUCUUCAUAGUGAUGAAGGGUAUUCAAAGCAGUGGCAAGGUGGUAUACUUCACCUCAUUAUUCCCUUACGUUGUGCUGACAAUAUUUUUUGUACGCGGUAUUACUUUACCCGGAUCAGCUGACGGCGUUAUACAUAUGUAUAAACCAAAGCUCGCAAAGCUCUUAGACCCUACAGUAUGGUUGGACGCAGCCACCCAGGUGUUCUAUUCGUUCGGGCUCGCGUUCGGUUCGUUGAUAGCGUUCGGUUCGUACAAUACACCGAACAACAACUGUGUGCGCGACGUCCUGCUCGUGUCGGUGUGUAACGCGCUCACAGCUAUAUACGCCUCCGUCGUUAUAUUCAGCAUCCUCGGAUUCAAAGCCUACACUAUGGUGGAGAAAUGCGUCAGCAAGGAGAUCAAAGUGCUGGCGCUGCAUCAUAUCGGUGGGUUCACACUGAACUCCAGCCAGGAGUUCUAUGAGGAACAUUACCCUCAGCUCGGAGCUAACAUUACAACCGCUCUCAACCUGACCGGCUGUACGAUGAGCAAACAGUUGGAUGAGGCUGCUGAAGGAACUGGUUUAGCGUUCAUAGUUUUCACGCAAGCGAUUCUCAAGCUGACACCGGCUCCUUUCUGGUCCAUAAUAUUCUUCUUGAUGCUGCUGUCUCUGGGUCUUGGAAGUCAGAUCGGCAUCAUGGAAGGCAUGUUGUGCACCAUCUUCGAUAUUGAUUUCUUCAAAAGAUUCAGCAAACCCACUAUCACUGGCGCUGUUUGCACGCUAUGUUUCUUCGUGGGUCUCAUCUUCACGACGGGAGCUGGCGAAUACUGGCUCAAGAUGUUCGAUUCAUUCGCUGGUACCAUCGGCCUGGUUGUUGUGGCGCUGCUAGAAAUGGUUUCCGUUAUAUACAUAUACGGACAUGAGAGGUUUACUAAUGACAUCUAUGAGAUGACCGGCUACCGUCCAGGUUGGUACUGGCAAAUAACCUGGCGUUACAUCGGACCGGUCAUAGUGUCAUGCAUCCUGAUGUCUUCUUUGAUCUUCAUGCUGUUGAACCCGCCAAUGUAUGGAGCUUGGAACGCUGAGGAGGGUCGUGUGGAGAAGACCCCUUACCCUCCGUGGGUGCUGUUCAUCGCAGUAGCUAUGAUACUAGCUGGGAUCCUUCCCAUCCCGGUAGUGCUACUCCUCAGACGGUUCCAAUGCCUGGCUCUGGAUGUAGACAUCCACCAGGGCUCCAUCAGGAGAAUCGAAACCACCGUCUCUACCAAGGAGAUGAUGAGCGAUCAAGAUUCUUCUGAUUCAGAGAGUCAGGUUCGAGCCAACGACCGAUAUGAAGACUCGAGUAGUGAUGAUGAGAUUUUGAACGCGAAAUAUUCAACUGGAACCGGCAUACGUCUCUCAAUGAAACCCAUCGGUCACAAUCCUAACACAUUCAAAAUGGACGUUUAUUCGUAG